ACGGAGACUACAGCGGCGGCGGCGACGGCGACGGCGGCGGGUGGCUUUUCAUAUUCGAAUCGAUAAUUCGAGCGCGAUCGUGGGCAGCGUGGCGGGCAAGGGACUCCCCCAAACAAGGAAGACUUCGGACAAGUCUCGCGGACGAGCGGGACGCGGGUCCACCCUCUCCUCUUCUUCCUCCGUCUUCGCCUCCUCUUUCCGUGGGAUACGCGUUACGAAGUGAUAAGGGAAAGAAAGAGAGAGAGAGAGAGAGAGAGAGAGAGAGAGCUCGCGCGCGGCAGCAGCAGCAGGCGCAUCGUCGCCACCCUCUCGGUUUUAUUAUUGGCACCGCGCUACCUAUAUCCGGCGGCACACCGGCGGUACAACCCUCGAGUCUUCCGGCUGGAGAGCAGUGCUCGCGACACGUACGGCGGACGACGACGGCGAUGCACGGCGAUAAAGGGUCGCAGACAAUGAGAUGCAGGCCGCGUAAUCUGCAGGCGCGUCGCAGGAGGUGGCCCCUGCGACUGGGCCUCUUCCUGAUCUACGUACUCGUGCAGUACGUCUCCUCCACGAAAGUUCCUUCCACGCCGGUCGAGUCGACGACGUUGGCGACGUCGUCGUCGAGCUCCGCGCAAUGGACGUCAAUGGAACCGCCGGUCUCUUCGAUCGGCACCACCGAGAAGGAGGAGACGGUGACAGAGGCGUCGACGUCUACCACGGGGAAGCCGAGGAGGCCGGGCCGUCCACAUGCGGAGGGAUCCAAAACCGAGUCGUCGCCAAGGGGACACAAUCGAAAUGGUACCACGACUACCACGACGGUUACUCCAGUUACCCACAUGACUGCGAAACCCGCCGUACCCACGCGAAGACCGCGAAGGACCAACUGUUCGGCGCCCGCCAUAGAGCAGUUUCCGCAGCCGUUGAUGGGCCCCACGGCCAGGAAACACGGUGGGCUCAUAAUACACAUUCUGGCCGCUAUCUACACGUUCCUGGGCCUCGCGAUCGUCUGCGACGAUUACUUCGUCUCGAGCCUGGACAGGAUCUGCGAAGAACUGAGACUGUCUCCCGACGUCGCCGGUGCCACCUUCAUGGCGGCCGGCUCUUCCGCGCCCGAACUGGCGACGGUCAUCAUCGGCGUGUUCUUCGCCAAGGACGACAUCGGCGUCAGCGGCGUCAUUGGCAGCGCCGUUUUCAAUAUAAUGUUCGUUAUAUCGAUCUGCGGCCUAUGCUCCGCGACGGCCGCCAAGUUGAACUGGUGGCCUCUCUGUCGAGACUGUUUUUUCUACGCCAUCUCGAUCCUCGUGAUGCUCGGCACGAUUUACGACGACUUAAUAACCUGGAUGGAGUCUUUCUUCAUGUUAAUCAUGUAUGCGGUCUAUUGCGUGGCGCUCUCAUUCAAUGUUAAAUUGGAACGUUGGGCGAAAUCGUACAACAUUCCGUUCCUGCCGAAGGACGACGAACCCGCCGAGGAGAGCGCCCUGGUGAGCUACAGGUCCUUACAGGAGGAUCGAUUAUCCUACACCGGUCCUAACUCGCCGGUCACCGAUCAAAUGAAGAAUCAGGAAGGAAAUGGCAUUCAAGAAACGAUCGAGCAACAACAACAGCAGCAGCAGCAGCAGCAGCAACAGCAGCAGCCGCCGGCCGCAUCGAGGCAGCCCGAGUAUUACAAAGCGAAGGAGCCCAAUCCCAACGAAGUGUCGCCCCUCGUGAUGCCGACGGACGGUAGCAAGUGGACCUUGUUCACCUGGGGCCUCGUGUAUCCCAUCCACUUCAUGUGCCGGGCGACAAUGCCGGAUUGCCGGCAGGAAAAGUGGCGGAGAUGGUACCCCUUCACGUUUUGCAUAUCGAUGAUCUGGAUCAGUUUCUACAGCUACAUAAUGGUGUGGAUGAUCACGAUCAUAGGCAGUACCCUGGGCAUUCCCGACACCGUGAUGGGGUUGACUUUCGUUGCCGCUGGCGUGAGUGUGCCGGACGCCCUUUCCUCGCUGGCGGUCAUCAAGGAGGGUCUCGGCGACAUGGCGGUCAGUAAUGCUGUAGGCAGCAACGUCUUCGACAUCCUGGUAUGCCUCGGUCUUCCGUGGUUUAUACAGACCGCUAUGAUACAGCCCGGCUCGCACGUAAACGUCACGAGCAGAGGUUUGACGUAUUCCACCGUGUCCCUGCUGUCGACGGUGUUGUUCCUGGUGCUGGCGACACACCUGAACGGCUGGAAGCUGGAUCGACGAUACGGCAUGGUCCUGAUGGUCUGGUAUUUAAUAUUUAUCGUGUUCGCGUCGCUCUACGAGCUCAACGUCUUCGGCGAGAUGAAUCCGCCAGUAUGCCCUAGCACCUACUAAUGCAAAGACACCUCGUUCGUUUUCGACCUUUGCUUUGCUCAAACGCGGAACGAUCGUCCGGAGCAGGAAUUAUCGUCCCCGGCCGAUUGGCCCGCGCACGAUGACGCACGCACGGUCGUAGAUCGUCGUAAACGCUCAGCGAUCUCGUUCGAACGAUCCUUACCCCGUCUUCUUCUUCCUACUCGAUAACGAGGACAGCGAGAGACAGAGGAGCUUAGAAGGUAGCUGCAUGCUCGGAGAGAAGCGCACGAUUUUUAGCUUGCUGCGAAACUGUUGAAGCGCCCGGUCGAGAGAUUUUAGAUCAGUAAAGGACUUUGUCGUUGAGCUUUCUUUCUUUCUAGGCUGUUGUAGAGAAUCUAGACAAUAUGUGCUCGCGCGUGAGUACACAGGCAAUUGUAUCCUAUUGGUGCUAUUGAAAGUUAGGCAAAAAGAGUAUUUUGCUUGCUUCCGUUCGACCUAACGAGUCCCCGAUCGAUUUCCCACACAAUCGAGCGAAAGUACGGGAAGUUUAUGAAAUUUUUCCUAAGUAACGAAACUUUUGAACAGACAAUACGACUAUUAAUAUUAAGUCGUAAUUCGAUGGCGUAUCGGCGGUAUCGGUUCGCUAAUAUCCCGAAAAUCGUCGCAAAAUUCCAAACUUCUCCAAUCUUAACUCCUAGCCACAGACCUCGUUGUACGUCGCGCGAGUCUUGUCCGAAUCGACAUAGAAAAGAAGAUGUGAUACGUUUUAUAUCAGCCAUAUCGCGCAAAUGCCUGAGUACCAUGGAAGGGGAAUGCGUCUUGACAAUUAAUCGUUUUAUAUCCUAAUAUUAGAGUAAAAAGGAUCCAGUAGAGGUACGGCUUGUUAGAAUAGACCGUAGGAGCAUCAUAUCUGCGGCUAAAUGUUAAGACUGUUAACGGUGCUGUGCUAAAUAUCGUCGGAAGUCGAUAUCCACUUGCGGAACUGUUUAAGAACGUGAAAUAUUCGACGAAGAGCGGGCAAGAACUUUUCCCUGGGGCUACAUUGUCGCAACGUUAAGCGCGAUCCUUAUCCUAUUAUCCGAUUGUGAUUUCGGAAUAUGAUACCUACUUGUAUAUUUUUUUAAUAUAUUUUCUAUCGCGAUACGGAGCGCGACGUACUGCGUAGAAUGUGCGAUAAGAGGAGACGAGUCUUCGCGCGCUUCUUGAGAAAUCGAGGCUUGUACAGGUUCGACUAUAUAUGGUUUUCAAUUUCUGAUUGCGUUGAGAAAUGUGCUUUCGCCGCCAGCCAAGUGAACGACGAAGAGACGAGACUUCGCGAGAUCAAAGGAGGUCCCUCGUUAGCGCGAGUGUAAACGUAAAAUCACUUCUUUUUUCAAAAGAGCAGCGACAAAAAGAAAUAAAAAAAAGUAAGGGAAGGAAAAUGCCUUGAAGCGCCACGCGAAGGAUGAACGCGAACGAAUUAUUCCCGGGUGACCGAGAGAGUUAUAAAUUCGAAUUGAGAGAGAGUUAUAAAUUCGACGCGACUGCGCGCGGAAAAAUUCGCGGGAACGACGGAGCAAGCGAAAUUUGCAUUUCCGUUUCACCAAAGGAGACGGGGGAAGGAAAAGGGGGAGGGAACGGGAGAUAUUGGUUCUCCACGAGGGCGAACGAGCGCUGAAAGUGACAAUAAUUAACGCAGCCUUAUCCGAUGAAAGUAUCUACAACCAGCACUAUUAUACUGCGCGUUCCUUGAGACCGAUUCGCGAAAAGGGUCACUUAAUUGUAAAUCGGUAGACGGGCAAGAGGAACCUCCACCCAUCGGUAAAAUCGGCGCUACCUCCGCUUCCGGGAUCCUUUGAUCUUUCGAGCGCGCCGGAAUCGGGUAUCGAUGACGAGCCGCGGAAUCGCGCGAUGGAAUUCCCGCAGGAAUCACAAGAGAGAUUGCAGGGCUCAAUUGACCGAGAAACAACAAAAAAGUAAUAUAAUAAUCAAAGUUUCAACAACGGUUAUAUACGCUGGAGAUAUUAAAAAUAUUGCCUGAUAGAUAUACAUA